AUGGACACCGAUCCGUCGCAAGACUGGCUUGCCCUGAACGCUCAUCUCGCCCUCCUCCACAAGCCGAGUCGCCUACAAAUGGCACAGCCGCCCCCGCCGGCGCCGGCGCCGUCGAGCAGCGAUACACUACAGGCUCACCUAUACUCUGCUUUCCUUACCCGCUCUCUACCAGAUGUCGCCCUAAACGUCCAAGGGCGCUCCUGGCACGGCGUCUACCACGCUCAUAAAGUUGUGCUUGUUCAAGCGGGCUUCUUUCGGGAAUUAUUCACCGGAGGCUUCGCAGAGAGCUCUCAUGGCGGAGGCGAGGUCGACGUCGUGCUCUACGACACUAACAUCACUCGGGCUGCCUUCGAGUUAUGCCUCGCACGUCUCUACGGCGGAGGCCCAGCCCUACACCUUUCACCCGCCUUGAUACCCACGACGGCCCAACCCUUGACGCCCGCCUUCCCAUACCCACCACCCGUACCAUUCCCGCCUACACCAGCGGGCCAUCAACCAGCCACUCCACGCUUCCUGAUGUCGUUACUAGCCACGGCGGCCUAUCUCGCCCUACCCGCACUUGUGGCUCAAGCGCUCGGCAUGAUUCUCAAGACCAUCGGCCCGCGUACUGCGGUACCAUAUCUCAAGUUCGCGAUUGGAGACGGAAUAGGCGAAGGCGCGGAUGGAGACGAUGAUGAGAGCCCUGCCGUGGGUCUUGAGGGUGUAGCGGAGAUGCAACUCGAAUCAUCUGCUGCAAGCAUUGCCGAGAGCUUCGAGACGCUCACUCUGUCGCGCUCGCAACGGUCGGAGGAGCACGGAGAUGUGGUUGAGGAAGAAGAUGUGCGCAAGGAGGAUCCGGAGCAAGAGGGGCAUGAGGAGGACGGCAAGGAGAGCGAGGAGAGCGAUGGGGGUCUAUACCUCCGGUACGGCGGUUUAAGCGACAAGAUCGGUCAAGCAGCCGCAUGUUGGCUCGCACGAUGGGGACCGGAUAUGCUCGCAUAUGAACUGCAGGUUGCGCCCCCGCUUGCAGCACCGCCUACGCCCAAGACUCCGGUACUCUCGUCGCCUAUCAGCCCGUUGCGCGGUGGUCGUCCGUCGACAUCCCCCUCUUCGACCGGAAGCGGCAGUGGCGCGGGUCAGCGUGAGAAAGGCAAGAUGCCAUUCGCGACGAGCGUCGGGGCCGCGUUACCCGGCGCACCUCCCCCAGAUGUACCCCGAGUAUGGCGCCGCGGUGGGCUAGGAGCCGCGUGGGUUCGCGCACUGGUCGCGAGUGACACAUUGUGCGUACGCGGAGAGAAGGAGCGGUACGAAUUGGCGAAGACUAUCGUCGAGCUGCGGCGCGCGGAGGGCGUCGACGCUGCGGAGGAGCAAGAGUUCACGCGUAUGUUCGCGGAAGGGAUCUACUACGCGAAUAUCCCCGUAGACGAUCUCGUCGCACUCAGCGCUGAACGCUCCGCUACGACAGGCCGCACCUUCGUUCCCCGAGCCCUCGUACAAGCAGCUCAUUGGUCCGCUUCUCUGUUGCGCCACACGAUUGUCAGGCCCUCCUCGUCUUCCCCGCCACAAUCGCCUGCGCCUGGUGUGAAGCCCAACGCAGGCAAUAGCGAGCUCGGAGUUGCGGUUAGUGCCGCGGAGCUAAAGGCAGCGGUAGACGCUGGCGAAGUUGAUGCCGAGAUGGCCGUGUGGCCCGUCCGGACGGAGGUCACCGAGCGAGUAGGAGACACAUCGGGUUUGGAGGGUGCCAGCCUGGACGAACUAUUUGAGCUCCCUAGUUCGGCAAGUGGACUGCAAAGCACGCAUUCGACACGUCCGGGAGGAGGCAAAGGACCAUCACCCACUGCAGCAGACUUCUUCGGGCUCGCGAGCGACCGCACCAAGGCAGGAGAUGUCGAUGGAACCGCUGGUCGCUGGACGAGCCACCCCCCAUUGCGGUUCGCGGCGGAAUUCUGGGACGUAGACGCCCUUCGUGAGAAGCAGCGUCUACACUCGCACACCGUGUGGUAUGCGGGAAGUCUAUACAACGUCUACGUUCAGCUCGUCCGCCGCCCUCCUCGCGGCGCUCAAUUGGGCGUGUACCUCCAUCGUCAAUCCUCCGUUGACCCUCUUCCCGGUGCAUCAGCGCCGGCAGGUCUCGCUCUGCCACCGCCGUCUGUCAGUUGGGAGCGCACGGAUCGCGAGAUUCGUGCGGAACGUGAGAGGGCGGGUGUCAUGUCCACCGGCCGCGCGAGGGCUGGUAGCGCUGCGGCGUCGCCUACACAUGGACCUGGUGGGGGCAGCGGUGUUGGAAUGCCGUAUAGCUUCAGCUUGACGCCACGCGCAGGUACACCGACACCUGUACCAGGCUCACCCGGAAGCGCGCCGACGUCGAACUCGACCCUGCACUCGUCUUCGUCGUCGUUUUCCACGUCGCUCCCUGCAACGAACCCGCCCAUCGGUCCUCCCGCUCCGUAUCGUGACUCGCGUGCGCAGGUUGCGGCGUACUUCACUGUCGCGUGUCCAAGUGCUACUGGCAGUGCUCUUACGCGUUUCUCGAGUGGUCCGGAUGUCUUCGCUGUCAGCCAGAGCUGGGGAUGGAAGAGCAGUAGUUUGCGACCGGAUGAGUUCGCCGGGGCUAAUGGGGAAGGCAUUACGCCCGCGGGCCCCGAGUGUAGUGUCCGGGUCGCCGUCGUCAUCGGCGUCGUUUGA